AUGACUACUCCGACAUUGAUCGGCAUUCCGCCCGAAGUGUUUGAGCGGAUCGCCCAGCUGUCGGACGAUGCAGAUCUGCUCGCGAUACGACUGGUGUGUCGGGAAGCGGCCUCCAAAGUCCUGCGCACCUACACCGAAGUUCACUUCUCGCGCCGGCAUAUCUAUCUCCACCGUGAAUCAGACCUGAGAGCUGCGAUACCGGUAGCCAAGCAUCCUGUCUUCGGUGCUGCACUUUCGGAGCUGGUCAUCAAUGUGGACCAGCUGCAAGAUCCGGCGACAUCUGUGAUGGUCGACAGGUCUUUGAGCGAAGAGGCAAGACUGGAGAGAGCAGACCAGCUGAACGCAAUCUUCCAGAAGCAGGAACAGUUGAAGGAUAUCAGCACGCAUCUUCAACUAUUGACAAUAGUGUUUGCCCACACAAGAAGGCAUGGGAAUCAUCCGGUGGUCACGGUUGAUUCAGACCCUCCCGAGCUACGAGCGAAUCUCGACACCUGCGGCCUUUACAUCGCUUGGGAGAACACUGACCACCAUAAGUCUCUCCUAGUCAUCCUUGAAGCCUUGGCCCUCAGUGGAGUGAAGCCAUCGGCUUUUGAAAUGGUCGAUGCGGAAGAGCAGAUCAACCUCAAUACUCUGGUCCAGAAAGACCUGCAUAUCUUCCGUGAAGCACUCGACGGUACGAGCAAAGUGGUACUGAACAUCAAAUUCGACAACAAGGACGGAGGAAGCGUUGUAGACCACGGGGCAUGGAAGUUCUUUGAGGUCAUCGCGUCGAACCUAGCCUUGACGCAUCUGGAUCUGUUUGAAGCACCCAAUGACUUGCCUCUCGGCCAGAGUUCUGUAUUGAGACACGUACUCGACCAGCGCUUUCGGUUACUCAAGAAGCUUGUGCUCCGCCGAGCUUGUCUCCGAGCUUCUGCGCUGCUCAACUUCAUCCAGCAGACUCCACAACUAGAGCACCUGAGCCUGGUCGAUCUGGAGCUUAUCCAACAUGCGACCCACUCUCUGUGCGCAGAGGGCAAAGGUCUGGAAGCAGCUAUUCAGCAACGAACUCAUCUUUCCAGAGUGGAAGUUUCCGGUUUUGUAUGGGAACAAAAUAUUUGA